AUGGAGUUGGCGACCUCGUUAACACAAGUUUGGCGAGGAAAAUCGACUCUUUUGAACAAAUCGCGACCCGAAAGUCGUCUGCGGAGGAGAAGAUGUGGCCGAACCUCAGCUUUGACUGUCUUCAUAGCUUACGCUUCAACAUUAAGCUACGAAAUAGAAGAAGUAGAAUAUUUCUAUUUGCAACUAGAGGAGUUCUACAGAGACGGCCACACUUUCUACAAGGCCAUUGUUGGUGAUUUUAACGCCAAAAUUGGCCCAAAGAAAGCGCCUGAGGAAGUUCACAUCGGAACCCACGGCGUGCAGUGGAAUGAACAGGGGGAAGCUCUCCGAGUUCAUCAUGACGACCAAGACCAUCCAUGGGAACUCUCAACUCCAGGAGCCCUCCUCAUGGGAGCCACUCAGUGGAGGGUGACUCUCACGUCCAGCGUAGAGAGGAGGACUUCUGACUAA